AUUUAAAUAACUAGGCAUUACCACAAAAUCGAGACUCGAAACGUGUAAAAAACAAAAGUGUAUUUGUAUUAUUUUUUCAAUUCGAGUUUCGAAAACCGUCAAGAUUUUCGGUUUAAAAUUUGAGGUUUUGGACGUUGACACUUCCAUAAAUAUGUCGGAUUUGGGAGUUUUGGUAUCAGUACCUGCCAGCGUUAAAAACGCGCACUCUCCACAGUCACAACUUGUCCAGCAAACGCAACAUCAAGUGCAGCAACCUAUCACUCAAACUAUUGUAACGAGUGCGCAGGAUAACCAGCAAGUUGCAAGCAUCCAGUCAUAUUUCCAGGUCCAGCAGACAAUACCGAUCGUGUUAGUCGACGAGCAACAUCACCACCAACAAGACAAACAGACAGACGAUCACAAUACAGCAGGACUUGGUUCCCCACCAACUAAAAGAGCUCGAUUGGAUCAAGAACAUUUGCAACAACAACACAUUAUUAUUGGUCAGCAUCACGCAGCUGUAUCAGGAAUCAUGCCUGCAGCAUUAGGACUUAUCCCGGGACAACUUGAUUAUUCUUUACAGCUCGCAACAUUGCAAGGCCGUCCGGAUUCAGCGAAUGCAGAACAGAAUGCAAGAUUAACGCAAUUAGACACGGUGUCUUCUGGAGCAAUAUCUCUGCAGUCCUACAGCCCGAGUCCAGUUCCAGUUACGAGGUACGCUACACCUUCAACAGUUGACAUCCAGCACCCGUACUUUCCACCUCCCCACUACACACAAAACCAACCUAACACUCAUUACGAAGUCCAUAAUCCAUACCAUGUUGCAGACCCAUACGUACAGCCAACUUAUGUAUCUGCAUACGGUGCUCAACAACGAGGCCCACCAGAACUGAUUGCAGCGAGCCGAGAGGGAGAUUACAUCCACGCAACUUUGCCACAACAAGGACUGCAUGACAGAUAUGAAGUGUUGCAAGACUACAAUGGUUUCGUUCGGCGUGAGAUGUUGAUAGCCAACGGUGAUGAGAAUGUGGCGGUUAGUGGACACGAUCCUGCAGACAUGUUGUCGCCGAUCCAGGUACUUCAUCAAGGACAAACAAUGGAGGACAGCCUUUCUCAUGGACAUGCAACAUGCAUCGCCACCACUGAUAUUGGAGUCAUCAAAAAAGUAAUGGCGCCACUCCCAGCUUCUGCAACCACCGUGAAAUCUUUACAUGAAGCUGACAUGAUGCAUGGUGAAUUAUCAGAUGAGGAAUUCGAUGUUGUUUCGAGUAUGGCUAACCCUGGUGAUGUCUUCUGUUCAGUCCCAGGAAGAUUGAGUCUGCUGAGCUCAACAUCAAAGUACAAAGUCACUGUUGCAGAAAUACAGAGGAGAUUGUCACCACCUGAAUGUCUCAACGCGUCUCUACUUGGAGGAGUUCUCAGAAGAGCUAAAUCUAAGGAUGGUGGAAAACGUCUUCGUGAGAAGUUGGAUAAAAUUGGAUUGAACUUGCCAGCUGGAAGAAGAAAGGCAGCCAGUGUAACCCUUCUAACAUCGCUUGUUGAAGGUGAAGCAGUUCAUCUUGCCCGUGAUUUUGGAUACGUUUGUGAGACAGAGUUCCCAGCAAAACCGCUUGCAGAGUUUGUUUGUAAACAACAUAACGACCCUGAUGUUCUUCAUACCAGAAAGAACAUGAUCUUGGCUACAAAACAAAUCGUUAAAGAAAUUCAAGACUUGCUGGCUCAAGACAGAUCUCCAAUUGGCAACACACAUCCCCAACCAAUUCUGGAAGCAUCAGUUCAAGGACCGCUUACACAUUUCAGUUCCAUCACUCACGGAUUCGGCACACCAGCUAUUUGUGCAGCAAUGACAGCUUUGCAGCAUUACUUGACUGAGAUGCUUCGUUACCAAGAAAAAGUACCAUACUUAAACGGAGGUGUUCCAACCGGUAUCCCAGUCUCAUUGAGCCAGAAGCACCACCAUGCGGUUCUUGCGCAGGCGCAGGCGCAUGCGCAACAUCAGGCUCAGCAGCAAGACCCAAUCAGGCUCAGCAUGCAACAAAGCGGGCUUGCACAGCAUGCUAUCUCUAUAGAGAAGCAAGAUGACAAGUAAACAAUGUUGAUAAAUAACAACAUUUAUAUAAUUAAAACAGGAACGUAUUCCGCCAACUGAUGUAAAAGUCGAGACGUGCAAAUAGCGCCCCAACUUGAGCAUGGAUGACCUCGGUUGCCGUAUUUUUGUUUGUAAUCUGCUUUAGUGCGAUUGUCUUCUACUUCUGUUCAGUACUAAUUCGAGUCGGUACUGGUGAAUGGUACUAUAUCAGACAAGACCCAGGUCUCCGAAGUGCGUCCGAACCUGUGCGUCCGAAAAUGACAUUUCGUCUUUCACGGGUCCCAAACUCCGAAGUAGUUAAACUUCUACAAAGCUGAACGAGAUCUGUUCCAGUUGCCACGAAUAUAAGUCAACGUAGUUUCAUAAUGAUCAUGUGUACACCUUUUUCAUUAAUUCACUAUUUAUAUAAAAAAUAUUUUUAUUUCACUAGAAAGCCAUUUUUGCCAAGCUUACAAAUCGUACUAUAAAACCAAGUGCAAUUAAAAUAGAAAUUGCUAAUUUUUCAUUUUCAUAUUGCUGCCAAAUAUGCUUUACAUUGCCAAAUAUGUUACUUUAGCAAUCAUUAACAAAAAUUAACUUUUAAAUAACGCAUCACUACCACAUCUAGUAACAAAGGAACUAUCAUAUAUAUAUGUAUUUGCCAAAAUGCUACUUUAAUUAAUGAUAAUAAUGUCGAAUUUUCAAUCAAUUUCAUACCGUCUACAUUGGGACACAAGAAAGCUAUUGUCUAUGUAAUGUUCAGUAAUAUGUAUACGACUUUAAAUAAUUUGAUGCCCUGAAAAUAUAUUGAAUUGUACAUGGCAAUAGCAACUAAAAAUUAUUGUAUUUACUUUAUUUACUUUUUGCUUCUUUAUUUUUUAAAACUUAUAAAUUGCCUAUAGUGCCAUGUUUUCCUUAUUUUUGUGAAUAUUUUCAAUUUUUUUUUUGAAAAAUAUAAUGGUUUCAAUAAAUGCUUGCCAA